CCAACCACACUCCCACCCAGCCUAUCAAGAACUUCAGUACACUGUUCUUAAAUAAGCCUCCCAUAUCUUCGGUGCGCUUAAUCCACAGGAUCUUCUUCCCUCACCUUCAGCUAUGGCCACCGCCGUCUCGACCAUCGGAGCUGUCAACCGAGUUCCAUUGCAGCUUACCUUUCAUGGCUCGGGCUCGGCAACUUCAGCUCCGAGCUCAACCUUCUUUGGCAACAACUUGAAGAAGGUUAACCAAAGUAUCAUCCAUGGGAGACUCACCGCUGGAACCUUCAAGGUCUUGGCUGCUGACCUCGACGAGACGAAGCAGACUCAGAAGGACAGGUGGGGUGGGCUUGCCUAUGAUCAAUCAGAUGACCAGCAGGACAUAACCAGAGGAAAGGGGAUGGUAGACUCCCUCUUCCAAGCUCCCAUGGGAGAUGGAACCCAUGUUGCUGUCAUGAAUUCCUAUGAGUACCUCAGCAAAGGUCUUCGCACGUACAAUCUGGACAACACAGUGGAUGGUUUUUACAUAGCUCCAGCUUUCAUGGACAAGCUUGUUGUACACAUCACUAAGAAUUUCAUGACUUUGCCUAAUAUCAAGGUACCCCUCAUUUUGGGCGUUUGGGGAGGCAAAGGUCAGGGAAAGUCCUUCCAAUGUGAACUUGUAUUUGCUAAGAUGGGAAUCAACCCAAUCAUGAUGAGCGCUGGAGAACUCGAAAGCGGCAAUGCAGGAGAGCCUGCAAAAUUGAUCAGACAAAGAUAUCGCGAGGCUGCAGAGAUCAUCAAGAAGGGAAAAAUGUGUUGCCUCUUCAUCAAUGAUCUUGAUGCAGGAGCAGGAAGGAUGGGAGGCACCACCCAGUACACUGUUAACAACCAAAUGGUGAAUGCCACCCUCAUGAAUAUCGCCGAUAACCCAACGAAUGUUCAGCUCCCGGGACUGUAUAACAAGCAGGAGAAUGCUAGAGUUCCUAUUAUAGUCACUGGUAAUGAUUUCUCCACUUUGUAUGCCCCUCUUAUUCGAGAUGGUCGUAUGGAGAAAUUCUACUGGGCACCAACUAGAGAAGACAGAAUUGGUGUCUGCAUUGGCAUCUUCAGAACUGAUAAUAUUGCUCAGGAAGACAUUGUGAAGCUUGUUGACACUUUCCCAGGCCAGUCCAUUGAUUUCUUUGGAGCACUAAGGGCCAGAGUCUAUGAUGAUGAAGUGAGAAAGUGGAUUGAGGAUGUUGGAGUUGACAGGGUUGGGAAGAGGCUUGUGAAUUCCCGCGAGGGACCUCCGAUAUUCGAGCAGCCUAAGAUGAGCUUGGAGAAGCUGCUUGAGUAUGGAAACAUGCUGGUCCAGGAGCAGGAGAAUGUGAAGAGGGUGCAGCUGGCUGACAAGUAUUUGAGUGAAGCUGCGCUUGGGGAUGCCAAUGAAGAUGCUAUGAAGACUGGUUCUUUCUAUGGUUAGCUCUUAAACCCUCGGGCACUGGCCGGAGGUAAAGGAGCUCAGCAAGUGCAGAUUCCUGUCCCUGAAGGUUGCACUGAUCCGCAGGCAAAGAACUUUGAUCCCACUGCGAGGAGUGAUAAUGGAAGUUGCACAUACAUUGCCUAGAGUUCCUAGUUGUCUUUUGUGGAAACUAUAAGGAUGCAGUGUUUUCUGGUAGAGUAAGGGUGCACUAAUUAAUUUGUACAACUCCAUGUCUAGAUGCAUGUAAUUUUUCUGUGCUUCACUGCAUGAAGCCUUUGUAUUGUUAUCAAAUGCUCUAUUUAUACAUUAUAUUCACAAUUGCUCUUAA